AUGUAAACUAGCUAUAUAACAACACUUCCCCUUCUUCUCUUAUCUUUUUCUGCUUUAUGUAAUGCAGAGAGUACCCGAGUCAGCGAGUUGGAGUUGAAAAAGUGAGUUAGUAAAUGCCACAUCAGCUGUAAAAAUUAUUCGUCAAUAAAAUGUACACAAACGAAAAUAAAAUCCCAGAAGAUAUAGGAGUAAUGAUCAAUGAUGAUGAUGAUGACUCCAUGCUGAGUCAAAAGCAACCUCCUACAAAUGGAUUCAACUUUAUGCAGCUCCCACAAUUACCAUUGAAUCAAAUCGGAUAUCCUCAGGCUCAGGCAUGGAUCCAGCAUCGAAAAGCAACUCUCAGGCCGUGGAGUCUCUUUGUGAAUACCAAUAACUUCCGCGCUCCUCCAAGUGUCAGUAGGUUUAGCAAGCGAGUUAUGAAAAAUAUUGAGUACUUCCAAAGUAAUUAUUUCUUCGUCUUCAUUGGACUAGUAGUAUACUGUUUAAUUACGUCUCCAUUGUUAUUACUCGCUGUGGUAGCUUCCCUGGGUACUUGUUACAAAGUAUCCCAAAGACACGCAAGACAAGAGCUUAUGGUUUUAAAUCAUAAAUUAACUUUAGCUCAAGUUUAUAUGCUAGUUGGUAUUUGCUCAUUGCCGCUAUUCUACCUGGUUGGAGCUGGUGCCAUUCUCUUUUGGGUUCUCGGUGUUUCUUGCUGUUUAAUAACACUACACGCGGCUUUGUACAACAUUGACUCCGUUUUGUGCCCCGGAGAAGACGAACUGAACUCUCUGGUAAUGGAGGAAGUGUAAGCAUUGCCAAUUAAUCAAAACAAAUCGACUAAUCUCUUUAUAAUUACAGUUUACAAUUACAAAGACUAAAUUUAUUUUUAUUUAAAUUAAUUUUUUUCAAUAAUAUAAUUAUGCAUAGUAUUUAUUGAUAAUUCAUAUCCAUUAUUAUGUCUUGCAAUUGAUAAUGAUAGUUAGUAUUAAUAUUAUAUAAAUUUUGAUAUUAUUUAAUAUGUAAAAUAAAGCAAUAAUAAAUAAUAAUUACAAACGUCAGAAUGUGUCUGGUUUUUUUGCAGUAGACGGUAAAAAAUCUCAUCUUCUAGUCGUGAUGAGUAUUAGUAAACGAAACGGUACAGGUGACGCCAAUGGAGACCAGGUGUUGGUGGCUAUUAUAUUUUAUAUACAACUACGAAUUUGCUGACCUUCG